UCUCAUCUGCACUGUAGCGCCCCCUAGCGACUGGGAAGUAGACAGCUCCCCCUGUUGACUCGGCAUGUAGCUCAUUUAUUAAUAAGUAACGGGACAGCAGCUUCUUCCAUCUGUCCCGGUUGAGAAUGGAGAUACGUAUACAAUAACUUAUUUUGCUUCUAAAAAAAUUCUACAUUGCAGGGCAGCUAUUUUGACAAUGUAAACCUAGACACAAUUCGCUUUUUAGUUAAUUUAAAAAGCCACAAAAUCUCCAUCAGUUAGACAAAACCCGGCAUUUCGUGCGCUCCCGUUGGUGAUGGCGAUCGCCCACGUAGCCAAGGAGUACGUCUUCUCCGACUUUCUGUUGAAGGACCAUGCGGAGGGGAAAUACAAAGGGGUGCGUCUGGAGCUCGCCAUAGACAAAAUAGUCACGCUUCUGGCGGUGGGGCUGCCUUUGUUUCUCAUCUCUCUCGCCUUUACACAAGAGGUGUCAGUCGGAACCCAGAUCAGCUGUUUUGCUCCCUCUACCUUCUCUAUGAAACAGGCAGUCUAUGUAGACUCCUUUUGCUGGGCAGCGGCGCAGCAACAAGCUGCAAAUUCACCACUAUGGCUGCACAAGUUCUUCCCAUACAUCUUGCUCUUUCUUGCAACCAUCAUGUACAUCCCUGCCUUAUUCUGGAAUUUUACUGCAGCUCCACACCUUUCCUCUGACCUUAACUUCAUCCUGGAGGAACUGGAUCGCUUUUAUGACCAUGGCAUCAAGCUGGCAAAAAAUCUCGGAUCUUUAGAUGGCAAAGACACACCUGAGGACACCAGGCGCAGCGCUUUAGACUUGACCGAGGGCUGCUUUAAGUACCCUCUAGUGGAGCAGUAUCUAAACACCAAGCGCUUCUCCCACUGGCUGGUGGUCAAGUACCUGACAUGUCGUGGUCUGACUCUGCUGAUCCUCCUGCUGGCCUGCCUCUACCUUGGCUACUACAUCCAGCUGGCCUCCUACAUAGAUGAGUUUUCCUGUGACCUGCGGACAGGAUUGCUGAGGAAUGACAGCACGGUGCCCUCUGCAGUCCAGUGCAAGCUUGUGGCAGUGGGUGUCUUCAGGCUGCUCAGCUACACCAACCUGGUGGUUUAUGUGCUCCUUGUUCCACUGGUGCUAUAUGCUGCUAUUGGACCUGCUCGCCAGAGCUCCAGCUUCCUCCGGCCCUAUGAGAUUUUACCAGGAUUCGGUGCUCUAGGUGUGGUCACACCCUUCUACAAUGACCUGAGUAUCUACCUGCUGUUCCUGCAGGAGAACCUGAGCGAACUGAAAUCUUUUAAAUGCCUGCAGGUGCUUGAGCUGCUGCAGGAAGCUGGUGGUGAGGGGCUUGACCCCAUGUGCAUACUGCGAACUCUGGGUCAGAUGAAGACCGAUAUGUUAGACAAUAAGAAGAGGUGCUCAGGGAAGAACAAAGAUACUAAUAAGCCCGAAGAAUGACCUCCCUGUGUUUUUAAUGCAAAGAUAAAAGGUCCUGCUCCCAUGGAAAGAAAUAUGGUGAGAAAAUCCUGGUGCAUUGUCCAUCGCACGUCCUCAGGUGGAAGGAGGUCUGCUUCUGACAACAGACCAUGAAUUUUUCGUGUUAAAAGGGUUAAAAAAACAUUUUACCAAGAAGCUUGUAUCAAAAAUACAUGCUGAGUUUCUCAGGAUCUGCAACGCCCUCCAUUUAAAGUAAACCAAUCUGCUAGUACAAGAGUCCAUCAACUGAAGGAAAGAUAUGGUGACGUAGUAAGUUUAAAAUUAACAUGAAUUAUGCAAAUCACUGGAGCCAUAUUAUGUGAACUGUGAAGCAUGUGAAUUCUUGUAUGCAAGUCUGCUCAUAAAUGACUUUAUAGUGAAAGCGCAUGAUGAAAGUUAAACAAAGAGUUUGCUGGAGAAAUGAAUGUAUGUAAUUAAUGAUGAAAUAAAUAAUGUAAUUCUCCA